AGCGGGCGGUGAGGGCGGCGGGGCGGCCGCCAUGGAGGGCGGCGGGAACUCCAAGGGCACCGGGCUCGGCGGCCUCUUCGGCGCCGGCGGGCUCGGGUACUCGCACGCCGACCUCGCCGGGGUGCCACUGACUGGAAUGAGCCCUUUGUCACCGUAUUUAAACUUGGACCCCAAGUAUCUAGUACAGGACACAGAUGAGUUUAUCUUGCCCACAGGAGCCAACAAAACUCGAGGCAGAUUUGAGCUGGCCUUUUUUACCAUUGGAGGAUGUUGUAUGACAGGGGCAGCGUUUGGUGCACUGAAUGGUUUGAGACUUGGCUUGAAGGAGACACAGAACAUGCCGUGGUCAAAACCUAGAAACGUACAAAUUCUAAAUAUGGUGACAAGGCAAGGAGCAUUGUGGGCUAACACACUGGGAUCACUGGCUCUACUUUACAGUGCAUUUGGAGUCAUCAUUGAAAAAACACGAGGUGCAGAAGAUGACCUGAACACCAUAGCUGCUGGAACCUUGACAGGAAUGCUAUACAAAAGCACUGGUGGAAUGCGUGGGAUAGCACGAGGUGGGAUCGCGGGUCUGACGCUGACCGGCCUCUACGCUCUGUACAACAACUGGGAGCACAUGAAGGGCUCCCUGGCCCGGCAGUCCCUGUGAGCAGGGCAGAGGACACAUUUGCAUAGUCACCAAUCAAAUCAGUUGUGAGAUAUAUCUGGUGCCCCUUCCUAUUUUAUUUACAAUUAGUGUGAAACCGAAGGAAGCUGUGCUGGGAGGAACCUCUUGACACCGUGUAGCUGGACUGGCCCUUUCCUUCCCACCAGCCAGUUGCUGGAGAGGCAGCAAUAUUUGUUGGACUUGCAAGUGAACAGAGUGGCCACCAAGACAGUCUUCCUGGCACGCUCACCAGCCAGCCCUGGGCCAGAGCCACAAGGCCUGCUCAAGUCUCGCUGCCAGGUUUGUUGGGGCACGGCAGCGACAACCCUGUAAUAAAGUCUCUGUCCAUAGACCAUUCCCUGCAGCCUCAGCACACAUCACCUGGCAACUGGCACAGGGCAAGGCUUGUUACUCUGACAGCACAAGGCAAGCUAUAAAAAGGGACAUCAUCAUUAAUAAAAAGGGUGGUACUUACUCAA